GGCAACCACUCAAGCACGUGUCGUUGUUUACAACGUGCUCUGAAAAUGUGGCGCAGGGUAGCUUAGGUUCGAGUCUUGAAACACUACUGUGAAAGUACCACGAAGUUCUCAAGUUGGUGCGCUGUUGCCAUGGCAUUAGCUUUCAGCAGCAGUGAUCAAGCUGCGAUUGAUCGCACUGCCGACGUGUCGGUUGACGAUGUCAAACCUACGGUAGACUGUUCGGAACUCGAGUUCAAGUACGAAGUCAAGCGCGCUAUAGCCUGGAUCUGUGAAAAUCGCUUCAAGAAGGUAGCUCUGCAGUUCCCGGAUGAAAUGCUGGUCGACUCUGUGAAAGUAACCCUAGCACUCCAGGCUAGUGUUCCGGCUGAACUUUUCAUUCUAGGCGACACAUCCUAUGGAAGUUGCUGUGUUGACGAAGUUGCUGCGGAGCACAUUCUGGCGGAUGCCAUCAUCCAUUUCGGCCACUCCUGCCUCAGUGUGCCGUCGAGACUUCCGGUGCUGUUCGUGUUUGGAAGGUCGCCAUGCAAUACGGAGGGAUUGCAGCAGGGACUGCAAAAUGUCUUUCCCGACCCUGAUGCCAGGAUAGUGGUGCUUUUCGACACGCAGUACGACCACUGCAGGUGUGACAUCUUUGCCAAGAUCUCAGUACAGUUCAGAAAUGCCAUCUGCUCUGAACUGGUCAUACCGUCUAUGCAGCAAAAUGUGAAAGACAACAGUGAAGACACGAAGGUCAUAACCAAAUGCUCACGGAGAAUUCAUCUUCCAGAAAACACCAGCCUCGCCGACUACUCUAUACUGUUCGUCGGACCCGAGAACCGGACGCUGACAAACAUUGUCUUCACGUUUAACAAUUGUGUGUGCUACUCGUAUAACCCAAGCACUCGGGAGACUCGUCAGGAGAGCCUGGCAGUCAACCGACAUCUCAUGCGUCGCUACUACCUCAUCGAGAAGGCGAAAGACGCCAACAUUGUGGGGAUUCUCGUGGGCACCCUGGGGGUUCAGAACUACCUCUCGGCGAUAGGCCACCUCAAGAAGCUGAUCCGGAAUGCGGGAAAGAAGCCGUACACUCUCGUCACGGGCAAGCUCAAUGUCGCCAAGCUCGCCAAUUUUCAGGAGGUCGACGUGUAUGUGCUAGUUGCGUGUCCCGAAAACACACUGCUCGACUCCAAGGAGUUUUUCCGGCCCAUCGUGACUCCGUUUGAGCUGGAACUAGCCUUGAACCCUUCGAGGGAGUGGAGCCAAACGUUUUCAGCAUCCUUCGAUGACAUCCUGCCAGGCGGCGAGCUGUACUUGGAGCUCACAGAGCAGUCCUCACAGCCCGAGUAUGACGUCUCCCUGAUCACUGGCAAGAUAAGAAGCCUCGGCGUUAAGGACGAACCAAAGGACGAGGGCGGUGCCACAGGCGGUGCACUCGUGGCUAAAGAGGGCACGGUCGCCGUGCCCGGGCUCCACGUUGCUGCUGCAGGCGAGUACCUGAUGAACAGGACAUGGCAAGGGCUGGAAACGCACCUAGGCCAGACACCGGCUGCCACCAUCAGCAAAGGCCAGACGGGUCUGGCUGCCGGCUACGUAGGAGAAGGCAACGGAGGACAAGCACAAACAUAGCUGGUCUAACUUGCUCCGACCUCCGCUGAAAGAACAGGUGCAAGCAGCGCUGCCUUUGUGGCUGGCCUUAAACAAUCAUGCUAAACAUCACACGACAGCCAUUCACGUCUGCAAAGGUCCGACGAGUACUGUCGUGCUAUUUACUGGCCUAACAAGACAGAGGAUCGCAAGAAGGUGGAAACUUGAAGUGGUCAACUGUGGUCAAAUGAGAGAUGUCCAGACCUGCCAACAUUAAGGCAUGAAAAAUACUACAGUUGAAGCCCAAAAAUACUAAGUUUUGAUUAUAAAUACUAAAAAUUGCUUUAGUACUCAAGAUGUAGACUGUUUAUUAUUAAUCACAGCAUUUGUUCUCUAGGAACAAACAGGCAGGAAAGGAGGAAGAGUGCCACAGACAGGCACUCUUCCUCUAUAUUCACAGUUAGAAUGAUCUGCCUCUGAGAAGGAAAUAGUCGAUCCCGGAUAUAUUGAACACAAAUGGAAUAGCGAAAUAGUUUGAUAUAUCGACAAUCGAAAUAUAAAAUAUGACUACACUGGAAUCUCGUUGAUCAAUUCUGCAUAAUAUGUUUUUCGGGAUAAUAUGUUCUUUUUCCCAAUAAUACGGUUUGGUUGGAUAAUACGUUGGAUAAUAUGAUUUUCGGAUGAUACGCUUUAUUUCCCGGUUUUCGUUAAGAUCGUAUCAACGAGAUUCCACUGUAGUUUAAUCUCAUUUGACAUCUCCGCACAGUUUCCCGAGAUCGUGAAAAGCUGGAACUUACCGGUUUGCUUAUUUUUGGCUUAUUUUUUGCUCACGACCGCUGCAAGUCGCUCGCGCUGUGGAAUGGGCUUUGCAACGCUAACCCUAUAAAAGCCCGCACCACCCAUACACAAGACCGUGUGCGCCUCGGUCUUUUUGUUAAAAAAAGGUAGAAAUAAUAGCACUGCAAAAGCAAACUAUCCUGUAUAGAUACACGCCGUGUCACCAUCAGCGCAUGUGUACUGCGAAUCGCACGUGAACUUGCCUGGCCGCGUGUCCCUUACAAUAUUCGCCAUUUAAACAGCCAUUUCGUCAUAUGUGGACAACGAGCCAGCCGGAUGUUGUUCCAGGUUUUGGAACCGACUUUCUGUUGGUGCCAAUCGUCCUUGCUUCGAGACUGGUACAUGCUCUUUUCUUUCUCGGCCCUUCCCAUUCAGCCUCUGUGUCCGUGACUACCGAUACUACACACAUGCUGUUAGUUUCGAAAGUGCCACUCAGCUUUUCAGAACAUUCAAGGCUGUUCCCACUGACAUGUAACUGUGUGUGCAUGAAUGAAACGCAUUCAGCGUAAACCCGCGAAUCACACAGUGACGAGUCUUGCGCACCGUUGCCACACUUUCCGCGAAGUGCGGAUGUGGCAUGGGGUGAUUUUGGUAAAUUAAAUCUAAUGUCCGUCGAAGUGGAGGUUGGGGUCGGAUUCACUUUAGCCACGCGGAAUCCUAAAAUGCCGUUCGCGGAAAGUCUUUGUCUACAAGAAGACAAAUCCGGCGGCGCAGCAUCACCAGUUCGGCAUCCCAUGCGUGACACCACUCUUUGAAAAGAUUGAGUGUCAUCUACGCUUUCUUGUGAAACGCAUGUUAGACUGCAAGACCUUUCGCAUUUUUGAAGCAGAGUAGCGAUCUGCUCUUGCCGGUAAUGAACGACCGCAGUUUGCACGAGCCAUCCAUAUGCGUAGCGAGCUAAACCGGAGCGUACUGCUCAUUUUUUCUUUAUGCCACGCCCUGCCCUUCACAUUUAAUAUCUUGUUUGACAGCAUCUGCCAGAACAGUGCCGUUUCACAUUUGUCUGCAUUAAAUAUUUACACCGACGCAAGAGGUGAUCGCGUGGUUGUUAGGAGAAGCACACUUGCAGGGGUGCGGCACGGCGUUCGAUAUAUCGAAUGUGUUGCUGAACGGGAGUUCAAUGUACACAUAGUACAUCAGUAUACUUUUACAUAGGAUUUUCAAGGGGAUGUUUACAACUGUUCGAUAUAGACAAUAAUACAAUAUAUCCGGGAUCGACUGUAUUCAUGAAGUUUAUUCCUGAAAUAUUCACGUAACAGUGACUAGAAAUAUGGUUGCCGUUAUACCUGUAUGGCUUCAGUGAAGUGGCUGGCAUUGCAGUUAGCUAUCUGUUCAAAUAAUCAAGCGGGUCUGAAAGAUCCAGCUCUGCAAAUUGGUUGGCGACUGUAUAUUUUUUAAUGGGUUUUGUCCAAAGUUGGAUGCAAAUAAAGAAUCGUAAAUCCAUUACUGUCUCUACGACAAUUGUAAACAAGCUCUCUAAAACCCAAGGCAUCUUACGAUACAACCAUAAAUGUUGGCAGCUAUAGAUGUUGCUAGAGCCAACGUUCCGACAAGUGGACUUGUCUUCAUCCUGACGAAGACGAGUCCGCUUGUUGGAAUUUUGCUUCUUCAGACGACAUCCCUUGUUCGACCACUGCUGACUAUUUGAGAGCCUGCAUUAAAAUGUGAAGCUAUGCAAGUUGACUUGUGUGCAUCAUUUUGAGUGUUCUUGGAGGCUACUACCCUCAAGCUGGACACCCUGCAUACAGCUUCUCUCAAAGGCAAAGAAGAGGAAAGUGUGGCAUGUACCCUGUGGAUGCUGCCCCAGGUUCAAAUAUUGAUGCACCACUCCUUGAUGCAAAAAGACCACGAGACUUUGCAGUAAAGAAAUUAAGUUUAUAGGAGCAAACUUGUUGAAGUGCACCAAUUCUGCUCAUUGACAAUUUUUAAACUGCAUUUCUUGCAUCUUCAGCAGUGGUGCACCGACGGGGGGGGGGUGUUCGGGUGUUGAAACCCCCGCCCCCAGGCUUCCAGCCCCAGCCACCAGUCCAACGUGUACAUUCAGCAGCUCUGUUCACGUUGUCAUUAACAUUCAGGAGGUGGCUUGAGGUCAAUCCCCCCCCCCCUCCUGAUUAACAAAAACACUCUAUCACUGUCUUGUAUUUAUUCAUUCACUCUUAAAGUACUUUGAGUACAACGCUGAAGAAAUAAACAGCGUGAUCGUCCUUGGUGUCAUUAUUACUAUAAUUAUUCGG